GCGGCUUGGUUUCUGUCGCUUGGAUCUGUCCACAAUAGGCAUACUAUCGACUUUUUAAAUAAACACAAAUUACUAUCGAAAUUAAUUAACUUUUCGGUUGUUUUGAUAUCCUUCAGAAUACUUUCUAACGGGGGGAAAUGACAACCUAUUCGUAAUGACUGGUGUGGAUUUACCUGCGAGACACCUGUCGCCGUAAUAUUGAAGACAAUGGACCGAGGCUGUCGAUAAUCAUUCUCAAGGCUUGUAGAAUUUGACCGAAACUGAAAAAAUAAAUAACAUUUUAAAGGACAGUGAAAUCAAAUAUCUGUCAAUUUCCACACGUGACGUUCUUCUGUUAUGGAUUCUGGGACGAAGUUCACCCCGAAAACGCAGGAUGAUGACUGGGAAAAUUCUGUCACAUUCUUGCCAGCCCCAGACACCAAGAAGCUGGAGAAAAAGAGAGGGAAUAAAACACUUUUUGUUGGGAUUGGCCUCGUGGGAUUGGCAGCAGUCAUUGCACUCACGACAGGCCUGCUGGUUUGGCAUUUCCACUUGCGUAGAGGAGAGGUGAGAUUGAAAAAGAUGUACAUUGGCUCUAUGAGUAUCACCAACCAAAGAUUUAUAGAUUCCUACGACAACCCCAACAGCAAUGAGUUCAAACAACUGGCCAUGCAGGUGUCACAGCAGCUGAAGCUGAUCUACUCUAAACAUAAAGAUCUGGAUAAAUAUUUAGUGGGAUCCACAGUGCAAGCCUUCAGUGAAGGUAACGGAGGGAGUGAGGACAAUGUAGUGGCCUACUACCUGUCUGAGUUUGAUGUACCGAUCGGUCGGAAGUCUGCAGUGGAUGAAGCUAUUGUCUCCAUGGAUCCGAUGGAGGGAAGUCCGAAGGGGAGGAUGGGGAUGGGUCGCCGGCCGACCAGCUCCCUGCUCAUCAACAAUGUGAUGUCUGGAGCUCUGGAUGCACGUAUGACAAAGGCCAUAUUGAAUGCCCCCCAAACCUAUUACUAUCACAUCAGUGAGAAUCACACGGCCACAUUACAGUCACCUGGCUUUCCUGAUUCUCCAUACCCUCCAAACACAUACGUAGCGUGGAGACUACAUGCUGACCGAGGCUACAGGAUUAAACUGGAGUUUGACACCUUCAGCUUAGAGGCUGACUGUCAGAGCGACUUCAUCAAGGUGUAUGACUCCCUGGUGCCAUUGGAGCAGCGUGUCAUGGCAGAGAAAUGUGGAUAUUACACUCGCAAUGAGCCUCUGUCGUUCAUUUCCUCUGGAAACGUCAUGCUGCUGACACUGGUAACCAACAAGGAGAAGAACUACCCUGGCUUCAGAGCCACCUACUCUCAGGUUCCCCUCAAGAGCCAAGAUUGUGGUGGUAAAUUAUCAGGACUUAAUGGCACCUUCACAUCUCCAAACUUUCCCUCCCAUUACCCACCUCUCACCAAGUGUGUCUGGGACAUUGAGGUCCCAGAAGGGAAGUCUGUCAAGGUGCAGUUCAACAAGCUGUUGAUGUCUGAGCCAGGACAGAACAAUAAUAAUUGUCCUAAGGACUAUGUAGAGGUCAACAGUGAAAAGCUAUGUGGAGAUAAGCCCUACAGCACUGUGGUCACCAACACAGUCAACAAGAUAGUGGUGAUAUUUAACUCGGACAUGUCCUAUGUGGAUUCAGGUUUCACUGCUGAGUUUGAAGCCUUUGUGCCAACUACUCAGUGUGAGCCAGAUCAAAUCAAAUGUAGAAAUGGUCUGUGUAAAGUCAAGUUCUGGCAGUGUGAUGGCGUCAAUGACUGUGGGGACAGCACAGACGAGGAAAACUGUGGGAGUUGUAAAUCAGGAGAGUUUUCCUGCCGGAAUGGAAGCUGUAUCUCAGAGAGACUGAAAUGUGAUGGUCGUGCUGACUGUGCUGACGGCUCUGAUGAAUCAAAGUGCGCAAAAUCUCUAGUCCUGCAAUGCUCAGAGUAUACUUACAAGUGUAAGAACAACAUGUGCAUUAGCAAGCUGAACCCAGAGUGCGAUGAAGAAGAGGACUGUGAUGAUGGCUCAGACGAGGCAAACUGUCAGUGUGGUAUACGGCCUUACAGACACUCCCGUAUUGUGGGUGGGCAGGCCUCCAUUGAGGGGGAGUGGCCCUGGCAGGUUAGCCUUCACAUCCGAGGGUCUAAACAUGUGUGUGGAGCCUCAGUUAUCAACGACCGCUGGCUCGUCACUGCUGCCCACUGUGUCCAGGAUGACGUCAAAGUCAAGUAUUCUCAACCUCAACAAUGGGAAGCAUACCUUGGGCUUCAUGUUCAGAGUCAGACUAACAAAUGGACGGUGAAGAAGAACCUGAAACAGAUCAUCCCCCACCCUGGCUACCAAGCCCAUACCUACGACAAUGACAUAGCUCUUAUGGAACUGGACAGUCCUGUCACACUCAACCAGAACAUCUGGCCAAUCUGUCUUCCCACAGCCACGCAUGACUUCCCUGCUGGCAAGCCAGUGUGGAUCACUGGCUGGGGGACCACCAGAGAGGGGGGUUUCGAGGCAUCAAUGUUGCAGAAGGCAGAGGUCCGUAUCAUUAAUGGCACAGUGUGUAACACCCUGAUGGAAGGACAGACGACUUCCAACAUGUUAUGUGCUGGUGUACUGGAUGGAGGAGUAGAUGCCUGUCAGGGAGACUCUGGAGGUCCGUUAUCCUCCAUGGGGCACAGUGGACGUUUCUUCUUGGCCGGAGUGGUGAGCUGGGGGGACGGCUGUGCCCGCAGGAACAAACCUGGCGUCUACACCCACGUCACCAAAUACAGGGACUGGAUAAAGCAGAAGACCGGGGUGUAGCUGAGAAGACCGGGGUGUAGCUGAGAAGACCAGGGUGUAGCUGAGAAGAUCAGGGUGUAGCUGAGAAGACCAGGGUGUAGCUGAGAAGACCGGGGUGUAGCUGAGAAGACCAGGGUGUAGCUGAGUGGGAAACCGGGUUGUCAAGCCUGAGCAAGUUCUUAAAAUCCUCAGGCCUUGAUUGGUAUGCAUUAAGGUUAUUAUAGUCAACUAAUGCAGAAACGAAAACGAAUCUUGAAAAAACGAUUUAGUAAACUGAAAUUAAAUAAUUAACAAACUUGUUUAAAAAAACUAAAACUAUACUGAAACUAUUAUUUUUGACUCCAAAACUAACUAAAAUUAAAC